UUUCCUUGGUGACGUGAGGCGGUUGAUCACGUUGUCCCCUUUACAUCUGCGGUCAGUCCGAGUUUUACUCCCACCGUGUGUGUUUGUGUAUUUGGAGCCCACAGAGCCAACUGUACAGCACCUUGCUUCUUUUACCAGAAUGCAGAAGAUAGAGCUGGGACUCAAGGAGCAGGGGACGAUCAAUCCUGCAUUUGGGGACAAAGAAAGUGAUGAACAGCCACAGCUGACGGUUGACAUUGAGGAGCCACAAACAGAGGAGACUCUGGAGGAGACGGCAGACAAAAGUGUUGACCUGGUUUACUCCCUCAAUGGCAGGCCUCCAUGGUACCUCUGCGUUUUGCUUGGUUUCCAGCACUACAUCCUUGCUUUUGGUGGCAUCAUUGCAGUCCCACUGAUCCUGGCUGAACCACUUUGCAUAAAGGACAACAACGUUGCCAAAAGCCAGCUCAUCUCCACUAUAUUCUUUGUGUCAGGAUUAUGUACAUUGCUGCAGACGACUCUGGGAACCAGGUUACCGAUCCUCCAGGGUGGGACCUUCAGUUUCAUCACUCCAACCUUGGCCAUUCUUGCUCUGCCCAAAUGGCGGUGUCCAGCUCCAAAUUCACCUGUCAUGCUGUCAAUGCAGUUGCAAAAUGGCACCAGCCCACUGCAAAUGGAAAAUUCUGAUGAGAUCUGGAUGUCACGAAUGCGUGAGAUCCAAGGAGCCAUCCUGGUGGCCUCUCUCCUUCAGAUCGUCCUGGGCUUUUCUGGGCUGGUGGGCCUUGUGCUCAGAUUUAUUGGCCCUUUGGCUAUCGCUCCCACCAUCAAUCUAAUUGGCCUAUCACUGUUCAUUGAAGCUGGAAAGAAGUCAGGAGGUCACUGGGGAAUUGCUGCUCUCACAGUCUCUCUGAUCCUCCUGUUCUCCCAAUAUCUCAGCAACGUGAAUGUUCCAAUGAUUGCUUACAAGGACAAGAAAUGGAAGGUUUUCCAGUAUCCGCUCUUCAAACUCUUUUCUGCUUUGUUCGGCAUGUGUGGUGGCUGGCUGGUCUGCUUCUUACUGACCAUCUUUGAUGUCCUGCCUUCAAAGUCAGACCAGUAUGGCUUCUCUGCCAGGACGGACAUCAGCCUGGAUGCUAUGAAAAACUCCCCAUGGUUUCAUGUUCCUUACCCAGGUCAGUGGGGCUUACCCACAGUGAGUUUGUCUUCAGUGUUGGGUAUGAUGGCGGGCGUCUUGGCAUCUACCAUGGAAUCCAUCGGUGACUACUAUGCAUGUGCUCGUUUGUCUGGUGCUCCUCCACCACCCACUCAUGCCAUCAACAGAGGCAUCGCCGUGGAGGGCAUUGGCUGCAUCCUGGCUGCACUGUGGGGAACUGGAAAUGGCACCACUUCCUACAGCCAAAACAUUGCUGCACUUGGCAUUACCAAGGUUGGCAGCAGACUAGUGAUCCAGACAACUGGAAUCCUGAUGAUUAUCCUGGGGAUCUUUGGAAAGUUUGGAGCCGUUUUCAUCACCAUACCAGACCCUGUCAUCGGAGGCAUGUUCCUUGUUAUGUUUGGAAUGAUAGCAGCAGUGGGGAUAUCCAACCUCCAGUAUGUUGAUCUUAACUCUUCUCGUAACCUCCUCAUCCUUGGCUUCUCUACCUUCAGUGGCCUUGUCUUACCUACCUGGUUUCACUCCAAUCCCGGCAUCAUUGACACAGGAAUAAAAGAGCUGGACCAAGUGAUCGUUGUGCUCUUCACCACACAUAUGUUCAUUGGUGGAUUUUUUGGGUUUAUCCUAGAUAACACCAUCCCAGGCACUGACAAAGAAAGAGGCAUCAAGAGCUGGCAGGACAAAGUGCAAGGAGAGAGCAAAAGCACAUGUGACCAGUCAUGCUAUGACAUCCCUUUCUGCACCCCCAUUUUCAAAAGGUUUAGAUGUUUCCAGUACCUGCCCUUCCUUCCUUCUUACAACACCAUCCAGGACGGGACAUCCAAGUAAUGAAGUGCUAUCUUUCUGCACUCCAGACAGUACUGACAUUGUCCACGUAAAGCAAAACAGUAAGCGGUGAGCACUGGUCAUAAAAGAAUAAAUUAAACCUGGACAUUACAACAACAAAAACAAAAACUAGCUUCUAUAGUCAGUUAAACAGUUUGUAGACAAGAAGUGGACAUGACAUCAUGUUGUUAUAUUCCAGCAGUUUUGCUCACUGUAAAAUGACUGUGCUGCCUUCCUGCUCUGGUUUCCUCCCAUGGUCUAACACAUGCAGAUUUGUUGAUUAAUAUAAUUGAAUCUCUACCUUUUCAUCUAUAAAACUAAUGAUAGUGGAUACUUAUUCUGAUUGUAGGAUAGUAUGCAUGGCAUCUUUCUGCAGACUGGACUUGACCAGUUGUGGCUUUUAACCUCCAGUGUGCAUCUGAAGCAACCAUUUUAGACUGGACAAUCACUGCAGACAUAAAGGUGCUGAUGUGGGACCUGCUUGGCCCUCUUUAUUAUUGGCAACAUUCAAGGAAUUAAAAGUAUUAUAAUCCACAGUAAUGAGCCUUUAGUAAGGAAGAAAAACAUAUAUGUUCAUUACCGCUCCGAGUUAAAUUUUUUUGUCUGUAUGUACAGUAAAACAAAGCAAUUCUUGACAAAUGAAGCUCCUCACAGUUAGAACCCCACUGAAUAAAGCCCUUUUACAGCAUUUUUAGUUCAGUAAAACCUUCUUAGUUCUUAAACAAGCAAUAAGCAGUGUGGUGCAGAAUCAUCAGUCAUCCUUAAGAGCAGUAAUUUUGACUUGUGAAAGAGAUUCUCAAGGUGAAACCGUUUUUUUUCUGUUCUUUUUCUUAAACAUCUUUGUACUAAUGUUUCAGAAUAACACUUGUUCUUGUUGGACAGCAGCCAAGUGACUUUCAUGUAUCUUCAGUCAACUGAUGCACUGGCCCAAUGCAGUCAGAGAUGGCGUGAACAGCUGGUGGUGGUUGACCAUCUGCAUUAAUGUUCCUUGGAGCCACUGUUCAGGUGUUAUGAAUUUAACCUGCACAUUUUCAGCAGGAUCUUUGCUACCUCAUCAAAAACUGUUAUUUACAGAAAUCUUUCAGAUGAUUUACAUUAGACAUGUUGUAUUAUGAGAUGUCUAAGAAUAUUGCCAUUAAUGUAUCAAGGUUCCUGCUUUAUAUAUUUUAUUCUGUCUGCUGUCAUUGUAUAAAGGUGGAUUUUUAAUUUUUUUUAAUAUGCUUUUACAUGUAAGAAUCUAAUUGUAAUGUAAUGUCACUAAUGUUUGCACUGUAGUUAUGAAACAGUCCUCCACUAUCACGGUGGAGAGUUGUUGGUGGUAAAUAAAUUCUGAACUUACUAAAGA